GGGGGAGGAAAACCCCCAGGCGAGCGCCUGGGCCAGCGGAGGGGGAUUCUCCGCACCUUUGCUCCAUCCCAGGGAAGUGGCUACUGUUUAAGGGCUUGGACUCGCCGGGGAGCCACGCAGCGUUGCCCACGCGCGAUCUUUUACGGCUUGCACCUCCCCACCCCGCGGUCGCGCCUUGCCGCGCUCUGCACAAUGCACUUGCUGGGAUUAUUCUCUCUGGGUUGCUAUCUGGCGGCGGCUGGUGUGGUACUGCUGGGAGCUCGCGAGCCAGCUACGGCUGCUGCCUAUGAAUCCGGGCAGGGCUACUACGAGGAGGAGCCCGAUCUGGGGCAAGCAAAGACAUAUGCAAGUAAAGAGUUGGAAGAGCAGUUGCGGUCUGUAUCCAGUGUGGAUGAACUCAUGACAGUACUUUAUCCAGAAUACUGGAAAAUGUUCAAAUGUCAGUUGAGGAGAGGGAGCUGGCAACACAGUAGGGAACGGCCCAGCUUCGAUGCAAGAUCAGAGGAUUCAAAUCCAAUAAAAUUUGCUGCCGCACAUUACAGUGCAGAGAUUUUGAAAAGUAUUGAUAAUGAGUGGCGAAAAACUCAAUGCAUGCCACGUGAAGUAUGUGUAGAUGUGGGGAAAGAAUCUGGAGCAACAACAAACACCUUCUUUAAACCUCCAUGUGUGUCCAUCUACAGAUGUGGAGGUUGCUGCAAUAGUGAAGGGCUGCAGUGUAUGAAUAUCAGCACAAACUACAUCAGCAAAACGUUAUUCGAAAUAACUGUGCCAUUGUCUCAUGGUCCCAAACCUGUAACAAUCAGUUUUGCGAACCAUACAUCCUGCCGCUGCAUGUCCAAACUGGAUGUAUACAGACAAGUCCAUUCAAUCAUUAGACGCUCUUUGCCAGUGACGCAAUCACAGUGUCAUGUGGCAAACAAAACAUGUCCACAAAAUUACAUUUGGAAUAAUCACAUCUGCAGAUGUCUGGCACAGCGUGAUUUCAGUUUCUCUUCCUACCUUGGGGAUACUGAUACUGCCGAAGGAUUCCAUGAUAUUUGUGGACCUAAUAAAGAGCUUGAUGAAGAAACCUGUCAGUGUGUUUGCAAAGGGGGAGUGAGACCUUCCACCUGUGGACCUCAUAAAGAAUUAGACAGAACAUCAUGCCAGUGUACAUGUAAAAAUAAACUGCUGCCAAGUUCAUGUGGACCAAACAAGGAGUUUGAUGAAGAAAAAUGCCAGUGUGUGUGUAAAAGAACAUGUCCUAAACAUCAGCCAUUAAAUCCUGCAAAAUGUAUCUGUGAAUGUGCAGAAUCACCAAAUAAAUGUUUCUUGAAAGGAAAAAGAUUUCAUCACCAAACAUGCAGUUGCUAUAGACCACCGUGUACAGUUCGAACGAAACGCUGUGAGUCUGGAUUUUCUUACAGUGAAGAAGUAUGCCGUUGUGUACCCACAUAUUGGAAAAGACCACUUAUUAAUUAGAGAUGAAGAUAACAACUGACAGUUUGGUGUACAUUUUUCCUGUUCCUGUUUUCUUAAGACUGCUAUCAUUUUGGAUUGACAGAACAGAAGAGACGUUAUAGGACUGUCUGAGACAGACUUAUUUGUGCUCGGAGGCACACGAAAAACAGAUAGGCAAAACUGGGAUUUUCUUCAUUAUAAAGAACUUGCCAAGGACUCAGUUUUGCCAUUGGCCAACAGCCUAGGUUUUCUUCUUUAUGAUUUUUUUAAAAAGAUAAUGACUAUAUAAUUUAUUUCCAUUUAAAAUAUUGUACUGCAUUCCUGUUUAUAGCAGUAACAACUGUUAAAUCUCACUGUGAUCAAUAUUUUUAUAUCGUUCAAAAUAUGUUUUAAAUAAAAUGAAAUUGUAUUAUAGCUAUUGAGCUUGUU